AUGGAAUUGCAGCCGGAUUCGCGUGAAACAGGACUGAAUUAUCGGAGCGUUCAGUCGUAUGCACGAUACGAAAAUCAGCAACAGCCGCCAUGCGACAUCCAUUCAACUAGAGCAACUCUAUCACCGGCAGCCACAGCAAAUGACAGCCAAGUGCAGCCAAGACUUGUAAUGCCUGAUUAUGGUACAUUGGACAGUGCAAGAUCACAUAUGAGUCGACCUCGUUCAUUUAGUCCCCUUAAGACACCACGAACACCUUCUGAUACCUUACAGAAGAAAAGUCGGUCGAAAUCUCCUCGGAAGAAAGCCGCCGCUCAGAUCACUUCAACAAUUGAUUAUCUCUCAUCGCAGUGCCAAACAGAA